GAUUUUUAAGGGUAGGGCAUUCAUUUCAGAUUGAUUCAAUUCAAUUCCCUCCUUCAAAUUUUCACGCCCCUCCCACCAAUCCACCACUCCCCAUUACCCAUUCUCCAUUUUCUUCUCUACUCCUUCCUUUACAGGUUAUGUCUGUUACCCGGGAGCUCAUUUACAGCACUGUUUACAUGACAUACAGUUUGGAAGAACUUUAGGUGUUUGUUGUUUUGAUUGAACCAUUUGGGGUUUAGGUUUGUAAUGGCUAGUCAUAAUGUGAUUAUGAGGCAAAGUCAUGAUUUAUCAUUUGGGGCUAAUCAAAGUUUAGGACUUGGGCAUAAUCAACAUGUUGGUGGUGUGACUCAUGAUCAAAAUUUGGAUUUAGCACAUUCCCAUCAUGACAAUGAGCUUGAUAUAGUUCAUGACCACGAUCAUGGUUUAGCUCUUGGACAGUUAAACGAGGAUGAAAUGGCUGCUACACAUGAACAUAUGAAGAAUCUUCAAGCUAACAAUUUAGACACGGAAGGAAGUAAUAAUUAUGAACCAGAGCAAGACCAUAUUGAUGAUGUUAAUGAGCAUGAUGAUAGACUUUCUAUCAAUGUCGAUACACAUGAAUUGGGUUUAUCGGUUAAUCAUGAAUUGACUGUUGGAGGAGAGAGCCAUGAUUUUCAUGAAAGCAUGAGUAUAUCUGAGGAUCAGCUACAGGAAAUGAAUAUUGUUUCGUCAUCAGAUAUUGAUCUUCAUCAUUCUCAGAUGAUAGUUAGUGAACCUGUCUCUCAGUCUAGAGCCCUAGUUGUGGCCCCUAAUUAUGAACUCUCUGUUGGCCAAGAGUUUUCUGAUGUCCAGAGUUGUCGAAGGGCGUUGAGAGAUGCAGCUAUUGCUCUUCGGUUUGAGAUGCAGACAGUUAAAUCUGACAAGACUCGUUUUACUGCUAAAUGUGCAAGUGAAGGAUGUCCUUGGAGAAUUCAUGCUGCAAAGCUUCCUGGUGUACCGACCUUCACAAUUAGGACCAUCCAUGAAGAACAUAAUUGUGGUGGAGUUGCUCAUCUUGGUCAUCAGCAAGCCUCAGUCCAGUGGGUUGCAGAUUCUGUGGAACAACGUUUGAGGGAAAAUCCAGAAUGUAAACCAAAGGAGAUACUGGAAGAGAUUCACCGAGUUCACGGAAUCACUUUAUCAUACAAGCAGGCAUGGAGGGGAAAGGAACGGUUCAUGGCUGCUCUUCGUGGAUCAUUUGAGGAAGAUUAUCGGUUACUGCCUCAAUAUUGUGAGCAGAUUAGAAGGACGAAUCCUGGAAGCAUUGCUCUGGUUUAUGGAAAUCCUGCUGAUAACUGCUUCCAACGCCUCUUUAUCUCAUUUCAAGCUUCUAUAUAUGGAUUUCUGAAUGCAUGUCGGCCUCUAAUAGGACUUGAUCGAACUCAUUUGAAAAGCAAGUACCUUGGAACUGUACUUUUUGCUACUGGUUUUGAUGGAGAUGGGGCCACAUUCCCAUUAGCUUUUGGGGUGGUUGAUGAAGAGAAUGAUGAUAAUUGGAUGUGGUUUCUGUCCGAGCUGCACAUCCUCCUUGAGAUAAAUGUGGAAAACAUGCCAAGACUUACGAUUUUGUCUGACCGACAAAAGGGUAUUGUAGAGGGAGUGGAAGCAAAUUUCCCAGCUGCUUUUCAUGGAUUCUGCUUGAAUUUCCUUAGUGACAGUUUUCAGAAAGAAUUCAACGAUUCCAUGCUUAUCAAUCUUCUUUGGCAGGCUGCUUAUGCCUUAACAGUAAUGGAGUUUGAAGCAAAAAUUAUUGAGAUUGAAGAGAUUUCACAGGAAGCUGCCUAUUGGAUUCGAAGAGUACCUCCUUACUUGUGGGCCACAGCUUAUUUCAAGGGAACAAGGCUUGGUCAUAUGACUUCUAAUUCAGCUGAGUCUUUAAAUUCCUGGAUACUUGAAGCCUCUGGGCUUCCGAUUAUUCAAAUGAUGGAGUGUGUACGACGACAGCUGAUGACUUGGUUCAAUGAACGUCGAGAAUUGAGUAUGCAGUGGACAGGAACACUAGUUCCAUCUGCUGAAAAGCUCGUUUCAGAUGCAAUCGAGCGUGCUAAUUCUUGUCAUGUCAUUAAAGAAGACGAUGCUAAAUUCGAAGUUCUAUCCCUCGAAGGAGAGCAUGUUGUGGACAUCAGAACUCGCUGCUGUACUUGUUGUGGAUGGCAGCUCUCUGGACUGCCUUGUGCUCAUGCUGUAGCAGCUCUUCUCUCUUGCAGGCAGAACGUUCAUCGCUUUACAGAAAAUUAUUUCACCGUGGCAAAUUAUCGCAAGGCAUACUCACAGACAAUACACCCGAUUCCAGACAAAACCCUUUGGAAAGAAACGCCAUUAGAUUUGGACUCACUGAAUGGAGGUGAUCUUGUUGAAGCAAAGGUUAUUAUAAACCCUCCAAAGUCAUUGAAGCCACCUGCACAGCCAAGGAAAAAGCGAGUUCGCACAGAAGAUGGGGGUCGGAUGAAACGAGUUGUGCAUUGCAGCCGCUGUAAUCAGACUGGCCAUUUUCGGUCAACAUGUACAGCGCCUAUAUAACAUGGUGUUCGGUUAUUCUUCAAUUUUUUUUUCCUUUAAAUUUUUUUAUAGGCAAUUUAACAUCAAAUACACUUUAGGCACUCUGAUUCACAGGCCUUCACGUCCAUUGUUUCAGGUUUUUUUUUUGUAGCUCAUUUGUUACCUUGUAAUGGGGUGUUUUUCUUUUUGACUCAUUGUUUGAUAGAAUGAAAUAUAUAAUCCAAGUUUCUAGCUUA